AUGUAUCAGCAAUUACUAGGUCCAAAGAGGAUAGAGAAUACAGAAGACUUACCUCUAGAACGAAGUACCAUGCAGCGAGAUACAAAGCAACCAACCCGGCAAUCGUUAAGUCAAACAUGGACGAUUUCAGUCUACAAAGAAAUAAGCAUUGGGAUCGAGAGUGGAGUAAAGCCAGCUUCGGCACAGUCUCAGAAUUCGGAGUUCAAAAGCGGGGCAAUGGAA